AAAGCUUGAGUUAGCCAAUCACAGCCAGAUGGUCAACAAGUCAACUUCUUCUUUGCCAACGAGACCUUGCUUUACUUAAUCAAAUAUUGGUAGGAUUGUAAUGUCAUGAUUAGUAUUAAUCUCCACCAUCUGCCAAUUCAUGUCUAUAGUAUCCUACUUUAAAACUCAGCUUCAUUUCUCUCAGAAACUCAUUCCAAUUUCCAAAUCCAUCUUUACAAAGAGGGAAAUCAAAUCAAAAAUUUUCCUUUACAAACACAAAGAUGAAGAAUAGUCUUGGAAGUAGCACAAAGCUAAUACUCCUUCACCCUUAUAUCCAAAAACAAGGAAGUUCCAAUCGUUUUUGGGCUUUAGCUUUUGUUUCAUUCUUGACACUUGCAUCUCUUCUUACUGUGAUUUACACCAGAGAAUCUAAAAUCACGGCCUCUGUGGUUUCCGCAUCUACAAUUACUAGUUCAAGUACCCCACCAUUGUCAAAGGCUGUGGCUAUGGCCCUUGUCCAUUACGCUUCAAAUUCUAACAAUACAGAGCACAUGUCUUAUACAGAUAUGAAAUAUAUUGCUGAUGUUCUCCAAAAAUGUUCUCAACCUUGUAAUUUACUUGUUUUUGGACUUACCCACGAGACUCGUCUAUGGAAAGCCCUGAAUCACAAUGGUCGAACGGUUUUUAUUGACGAAAAUCGUUAUUAUGCCGCUUACAUUGAGGAAAAAUAUCCAGAAAUUGAAGCUUAUGACGUGCAGUACACGACCAAAUUGAGUGAAAUGAAGGAAUUGAUCGCAGGAGUUAAGGAACAAGUGCGAAACGAAUGCAGGCCAGUGCAGAAUUUGUUGUUUUCGGAGUGCAAACUCGGGCUAAAUGAUCUUCCAAAUCAAUUUUACGAAGUGGAUUGGGAUGUUAUUUUGGUUGAUGGUCCAAGAGGGUACUGGCCUGAGGCGCCUGGCCGAAUGUCAGCUAUUUUUACUGCCAGCGUUUUGGCGCGGAGCAAGAAAGGUGGCAAUCCAAAGACACAUAUUUUUGUGCAUGAUUUUAAUCAGCAAGUGGAUAGAAUUACAAGUGAUGAGUUCUUAUGCAAAGAGAAUUUGGUGAAGUCAAAGGACAUGUUGGGGCAUUUUGUGUUGGAAAGAAUGGAUGCUAACAGCUUUCAAUUCUGUCGCAACCAUAACUCGACAACAGCAAAUUCCUCUUCUUAGCAUAUGGUUGUAAUUGGGAUCUAUCAGUUAUAUUUUCACUGUCAUUUAUUUAAAGAUGUUGCAAAUUUUUUUACUUGUUAUGCUAGGGGGAAGGAAGGGGCCGGUGUAAAAAUAACUUCUCUUUUGGUAUUGUCAAAUGUAUUCUUCCUUGAGGGAAAAAGGCAACUGUUUUGUUAAAAGUUCGUAUACGUUUACUACUAACCGAUUUGGAAAA